AUGAACGAUGAUCGCCGGCCACCAGCACUGGCGGCGGAAGCGGGAAGAGUCAGUCUGCGCGGCGAAUCUGCAGCCGACGGCGGCAGCGGAGUCCCCCUCCCCCCAGCGGAAUCUGCAGACGCGGCGUCUCCGCUUCACGAGACCGCCGACCUCUCAGCGCGAAUCCCCACUAGAGGAGCGAUGACCGCAGCCGCAGCGUUAGCGCAAUGCAGCGGCGGCGCGGGAAGCACUCCUAUCGCCAACCGAAACGCCGCCGCGGAAAAUGGGGCGGCGUUGUUAAUAAGCAGCUCUCCGAGCAGACAUGGAUUUUUACGGCCCACACCAGGGCUCGAUCGCGCGACCUUUCCACAUUGGAUGCUCGGAUCUGCAACUGCGACGCCAGUGGAUCAUAAUAGGGGGGUUGCUGCCAGUUAUUCUAGUAGCGGCGACGUUGUCCCUUCCCCUGCAACAGCGGCGGCGGCGCGGGAUUCGGCGCUCGCCUCCAGCGGGGCCGCCGCCGCCGCCGCAUUGCCGCUUGCGCCCUUCGCGUCCGCCAUGGACGCUCUCCGCGCGACGUCCCACCGCACGUGGGAGGCGGCGGCGCGCAGCGCGGCGGCCGAUUUGCCUUCAGCGGCGGAAGAUCGUUCGGCGCAAGAAGGCGGACUCGACGGCGGAAGCAGCAGCGUCGCGUUGCUAGAUCUUGCUAUGCAGGCCGCAAUGCGGCCUGUUUUUUCAGGCGCACAUCGCCCUUUGUUCCCCUCCCCCUUCCGCGCACCGCCCCAUAGUAUUCUACCUAUGACCUUCUCAAUGGCUUCCCCCAUCGAUGCUAGCGCCUCCACCGCUUCCGCCGACGCUGCAACGCCCGCCCCGGGGCCGCCGCACCUACCGUUUCCCCCUCAGAUCUCGCGCCUGUCCGCGGAUUCUUGCGCCUCUCCGCCCCAGUUCUCCGCCGAUCCGCGCCUGUUCCUCACGCGGCUAACCCAACUGCAAGCCGCCGACACCGUCGGCGCAGCCGCUGGCUCCGCCUUCGCCGCCUCCGCCUCCGCGGGUGACCCAGCUGGUGCUGUUGCAGCGCACGCCGCCGCCGCCGCAGCCAUUGCAGAGGGGGAACCCCGCGCUGCAAGCUUGAUGGAUGAGGGGAAGCGGGAAGAAGGGGGAGGGGUGGUGGCGGUAGGAAGCAAGGGGGAAUGGGGCGGGGGGUAUGAUCAUGAUGGGAGAGGUGGCGGUGAUCUGGGCGGCAUGGAUGAUGUGGACGCAAUGAUGAAGACAGAGAGUGAUGCUGACGUGGCAAGUGGUGACAACAGCGGUGGCGGUUGCAGUGAAGAUGAGGAGGACGAUGGGCAUGGGGGGGAUGAGGGGCAUGGGGGACAGGAGGGGCAGGAAAGGCAUGGGGGACAUGGGGGGCACGGGGAUCAUGGAGGGAACGGUAGGGGGCAUGGGGGGCACGAAGAAAAAUCAGGGGAAGAGGUGAAAGGGCAACUGCAGCAGUCGCGGCAAGCUAGACAAACGCAGAAUCAGCGUGGGCCUCAAAGGCUUUCCCGCGGCUCCACUAGGGCGGCCAGUGGUCCUCACCAGACCAGGUACGUUGGUGGGGUGAUAAAUAAUCUGAACAACCCGAACCCGUUUGUGACGUCAGCAGGUCCCCUUUCCACAUCAGCGUUUCCUGUAACACUGUCAGCUGCGCUCAUGCCACUUCAGCACCCAGCCUUCUUAUCUCCCCUUUCCCAACAACAGCAACAGCAAGCAGCAGCAGCAGCAGCAGCAGCAGCAGCAGCAGCAGCAGCAGCAGCAGCAGCAGCAGCAGCAGCAGCAGCAGCAGCAGCAGCAGCAGCAGCAGCAGCAGCAGCAGCAGCAGCAGCAGCAGCAGCAGCAGCAGCAGCAGCAGCAGCAGCAGCAGCAGCAGCAGCAGCAGCAGCAGCAGCAGCAGCAGCAGCAGCAGCAGCAGCAGCAGCAGCAGCAGCAGCAGCAGCAGCAGCAGCAGCAGCAGCAGCAGCAGCAGCAGCAGCAGCAGCAGCAGCAGCAGCAGCAGCAGCAGCAGCAGCAGCAGCAGCAGCAGCAGCAGCAGCAGCAGCAGCAGCAGCAGCAGCAGCAGCAGCAGCAGCAGCAGCAGCAGCAGCAGCAGCAGCAGCAGCAGCAGCAGCAGCAGCAGCAGCAGCAGCAGCAGCAGCAGCAGCAGCAGCAGCAGCAGCAGCAGCAGCAGCAGCAGCAGCAGCAGCAGCAGCAGCAGCAGCAGCAGCAGCAGCAGCAGCAGCAGCAGCAGCAGCAGCAGCAGCAGCAGCAGCUGCAGCAGCAGCAGCAGCAGCAGCAGCAGCAGCAGCCUCAGAACCCGCCUCAGAAUCAGGUGCACCCGCCUAG